AGACGGACAGACAUGCUUAGAUCAGUUCAGAUUAUGAUUUUGAAUCGAUCGGCACAAUAAAAGGUUCGUUUGUCUUCAGCCCUUCCGCGUAUUACACUAACUUAAUAUAACCUGUACGACAAGUGGUGUAGUGUAUAAAAAAAACAAAAAAGAAAAAAAUUUUCAUUUCAAUAAGAGAAGUCAUAGAAGUUAAUGUCAAACCCUUUGGGAAAAUAAGGAAAAGAUUUUCGUGAAGGAGAAGAAAAAAUUGGAAACGAUCAAGACAAUCGAAGUUUAGCGGUAAAAUACGUUAUAAAGGCAUACGAUAGUACAAUAAAGAAUGGAAAAAACCCCUAAACGGAGUGUUGUCCCUGCUCCACGUAAAAGAACGGUCGUAAAAUUCGAGCUAUCUGAAGCUCAGAAAACUGAUAUAAAACAAGCUUUCGAUCUCUUCGAUAUCGAUUGUACCGGCUUUAUUGAAGAGAAGGAACUAAAGGUCGCUAUACGGGCAUUGGGAUUUGAACCGAAAAAGGAAGAAAUCAAGCGGAUGAUAGAUGAUAUUGAUCGAGAUGGGACGCAACGUAUAAGUUUUGAUGAUUUUUUGCAUUUAAUGACAUUGAAAAUGGCCGAAAAAGAUACGAAAGAAGAGAUACUUAAAGCGUUUCGUUUAUUUGAUGAUGAUGGAACUGGAAGAAUUACAUUUAAAAAUUUAAAACGCGUAGCCAGAGAAUUGGGCGAAAAACUCACGGACGAAGAGUUACGAGAAAUGAUUGAUGAAACCGAUGUGGAUGGUGAUGGCGAAGUUGAUCAAGAGGAGUUUUUGCGCAUAAUGAGAAGAACGAGUCUAUAUUGAGAAAAUGAAAGAGAACAUAUUCUCAAUAUCUUUCAAGUUUUUCUCUAUAACAUGAUUACAAUCCAAAUAUCAAAUUUGAAAUUUUGAAGGGACCCUAGAGCC